AUGGACUAUAAUGCUAAUGAUCGAGACCAAAUUCGUAGGGCAUAUUUACAAAAAACUCCUUGUCAACCUUGUGAUCAUAAUUUUCCACAAAAAUCAUUUGGACAAAAACUUCGGCAAUUUAAUCAGGCUUGGUUUAAUGAAUUUCCUAAUUGGUUGGAGUAUAGCGUAGUAAAAGAUGUAGUAUUUUGUUUAUGUUGUUAUCUUUUCAAACUUGAUAUUAGAGAUCAAGCUGGUGGUGAUUCUUUUGUUGCUCGAAUUGAGUAUCAAACCCGUUUGAAUGCAUCGGUUGAUUGUGUCAAAUUUCUUCUAAGACAAGGACUUGCGUUUCGUGGGCAUGAUGAAUCUGAAAAUUCAAGUAACCAAGGAAAUUUUCUUGAACUUAUCAAGUUUCUUGCUGAUCAUAAUGAAUAUGUCAAAGUGGUUGCAUUGAGCAAUGCUCCACAAAAUCUCAAGUUGACAUCUCCUGAUAUUCAAAAAUACAUUGUAAAUGUGGCCACAUUUGAAACUAUCAAUGUGAUUAUUAGAGAUCUUGGUGAUGCACUUUUUUCUAUUUUGAUUGAUGAAGCCCGUGACAUAUCCAUCAAGGAACAAAUGACAGUUGUAAUACGAUAUGUUGACAAAAAAGGCCAUGUGAUUGAGCGCUUUUUAGGAUAUGAUGGGGCUAGUAAUAUGCAAGGUGAGUUCAAUGGUCUUAAAACACUUAUACUGAAAGAGAAUCCUUGUGUAUAUUAUGUUCAUUGUUUUGCUCAUCAAUUGCAAUUGGCACUUGUAGCCGUGGCAAAGAAUCAUAAUCAAAUUUCUUUACUUUUCACUUUGGUUUCUAUUGUGGUGAAUGUUAUUGGAGCAUCAUGUAAACGCCGAGAUAUUGUUAGGGAGAAGCAAGCUGUAAAAGUUGAUGAGACACUUAAUAUUCGAGAGCUAUCUAGUGGGCAAGACUUAAAUCAAGAAACUAAUCUUAAACGUGCUUGUGAUACACGUUGGGGUUCACAUUAUGGUACUUUAGUCAGCUUGGCUAGUAUGUUUUCAACAGUGAUUGAUGUGCUUGACAUGAUUUUGAAGGAUGGUUCAAAUUCAGAACAACGAGUAGAAGCAAAUAUAUUGUUGGACUCAAUUCAAUCAUUUGAGUUUGUAUUCAAUCUUCAUUUGAUGAAAAUGAUAUUGGCUAUUACAAGUGAGUAA